UAAAUUUAAAAAAAAAACAUUUUUAUUAAACACUUUAAUUAAUUAGUAAUUUUAGGACAUUUGUUAACAUGACUCUUGUUAAUUUAUUAAGUCUAUUAUUUAGACUUUAACAUCUAUAUGCAUAAUUGAAUCCCUUCCUUCCACUUCAUACGCGGUUUACGGGCAAUAUAAAUACCCAACAGCUUGGAAUAUAUAGUCAUGCAAAAAGAAAGAAAAUAUAAGUGACAACAUAUACACAAUAAAUCACAGCAUGAAGGCUAUUUUUAUUGCAUUCUUACUUUUGCCAUUCAUGGCCUUCCUACUCUCUUCAACUACUCUAGCAGCUAGAGAAGUUCAACCAAUCAAAGGUGAUGAGGGAGGGUAUAGAAGAGGAGUAAGACCUGGAGAAGCACCUCCACCUCCUCGUUCCAAUCAUCUUAUUGGUGUUCGUCCUAAUCCAUAUGGAAGAGGAGGAGCACACCAUCCACCACCUCCUAAUCAUGCUGCCUCUAUUGCUAAUCGCUAUGUUUAUGGAACAACACCUCCUAAUCCUAUGGCCAAUACUCCAUAUAGAGGAUGCAUUAAUAAUCCAUACACGCGUCGUUGUUCGCCACCUAAUAAUUAAA